AUGCGUAUUCCUGUAGAUCCGAGCACCAGCCGGCGCUUCAGCCCCCCCUCCAGCAGCCUGCAGCCCGGCAAGAUGAGCGACGUGAGCCCGGUGGUGGCUGCGCAGCAGCAGCAACAGCAGCAGCAGCAGCAACAGCAGCAGCAACAACAGCAACAGCAACAACAGCAGCAGCAGCAGCAGCAGGAGGCGGCCGCAGCAGCAGCGGCGGCAGCGGCGGCGGCAGCAGCGGCGGCGGCCGCAGUGCCCCGGUUGAGGCCGCCGCACGACAACCGCACCAUGGUGGAGAUCAUCGCGGACCACCCGGCCGAACUGGUCCGCACCGACAGUCCCAACUUCCUGUGCUCCGUGCUGCCCUCGCACUGGCGGUGCAACAAGACCCUGCCCGUGGCCUUCAAGGUUGUAGCCCUCGGAGAGGUACCAGAUGGGACUGUGGUUACUGUCAUGGCCGGGAACGAUGAGAACUACUCCGCCGAGCUCCGAAAUGCCUCUGCUGUUAUGAAAAACCAAGUAGCCAGGUUCAACGAUCUGAGAUUUGUGGGCCGGAGCGGACGAGAUCCCAGGCAGGCACAAUCUUCCCCACCGUGGUCCUAUGACCAGUCUUACCCCUCCUAUCUGAGCCAGAUGACAUCCCCAUCCAUCCACUCCACCACGCCGCUCUCUUCCACACGGGGCACCGGGCUACCUGCCAUCACCGACGUGCCCAGGCGUAUUUCAGAUGAUGACACUGCCACCUCUGACUUCUGCCUCUGGCCUUCCUCUCUCAGUAAGAAGAGCCAGGCAGGUGCUUCAGAACUGGGCCCUUUUUCAGACCCCAGGCAGUUCCCAGGCAUUUCAUCCCUCACUGAGAGCCGCUUCUCCAACCCACGAAUGCACUACCCAGCCACCUUUACUUAUACCCCGCCAGUCACGUCAGGCAUGUCCCUCGGCAUGUCCGCCACCACUCACUACCACACGUACCUGCCACCACCCUACCCCGGCUCUUCCCAAAGCCAGAGUGGACCCUUCCAGACCAGCAGCACUCCAUAUCUCUACUAUGGUACUUCGUCAGCAUCCUAUCAGUUCCCAAUGGUACCCGGGGGAGACCGGUCUCCUUCCAGGAUGGUCCCGCCAUGCACCACCACCUCGAAUGGCAGCACGCUAUUAAAUCCAAAUUUGCCUAACCAGAAUGAUGGUGUUGACGCUGACGGAAGCCACAGCAGUUCCCCAACUGUUUUGAAUUCUAGCGGCAGAAUGGAUGAGUCUGUUUGGCGGCCAUAUUGAAAUUCGUCAACCAUGGCCUAGUAGCAUGGGGGCCACAUCCCGCAUGUGUUAAUAUAUACAUAUAUAAAGAGAGUGCCUAUAUAUGUAUAUUGAUUAGCUAACUAGAAGAUUUCUCAUUCAAUCCCUAGUCAUGAUCUUGCAACCCUAAGAGGGUGGGGGCAGUCAUAACUGGGUUUCAUAUUGUUUACUAUUUAAGAUGUCCCCUUUACCAAGGAACAAACCGUCAAAGGUGUUGUCUGGUCUGUUUUCGUAAGUGACCUGUUCCCACGCCGGUUCAGAGAGGUGGACUCUGAGUCUGGGAGGAAGGAGAGACACUUCCUCUCUGUGCUUUGAAACCACAGGCCUCUGCUGUGUGGCAGCCAGUGCACUCUGCAGACCCACUUACAAAGUCAGAUGUGGUGCACUCAGAAAGGGACGAGAGGCAGAGUGGCUGCUUCUGUCCGCUGCCGUCCACUCUGAGUACCUGUUCCAAAGUUUUCCUUCAGACUUGCUGCAGGUACUCAUUUGAACUUUUGAGUUCACUUUUUUUUUUUCUAUUCUAAGAAAGUGACUUCAAAAAUACUGAUCAGGACAGAUAAUUUUAUUUUACCUUUUUAUACUUCCUCACUUCCCCCAUUUAACCAAAAAGAAAUCCUGUUCCCCCUCCCCAGUUCCUUCUGCUUCUCCCUUUAUGCAAACUGAAAAUGGCAAUGCCUUAUUAUUAUAGCCAUAAUGGUAUAGUGUUUGAGUUGGCUGUGUGUUAUGUGUUUUGUUCUUUUUUUUCCUUUUUUAAAUUAUGAAUAUGUGUAAAAUCUGAAGUAACUUGCUAACGUGAAUGGUCAUAUAACUUUAAAGAUAUAUUUAUAAUUAUUUAAUGACAUUUGGACAUUUGGAACAUUUCUUAGUGUAAUGAUAUGUUGACUUCGGUCUCUAAAAGUGUGCUUCUUCUUCAAUACCAAGUUUCUUCAGUGGGCUAGAGCCAUAUCAGAAAUAUUGCUAAGCAAUCUCAAUUCCUUCAGGCAUAAUGUGAUUUUUUUUUUGAAGACAACUCCCAUCUCCAAAUAGUUUAGAUGUAGUUUGUUUUCACGAUGUAUGAAGGAGAUGCUUUGUUUCUGUCUUUCAGGCAUUUGAUUGCCUCUGACACAGCUUUGCCUUUUAAAGCAAUAAUUAGUGAUUAAAAUAACAAAAACAAAACAAAAGCCACCUAUAGCCCUUUAACACUUAAUGUGGCCCCUUUGCUAGCAUGAAAUGCUGGAGACAUGUGGUUUCCGAAUUUCUCCAUUUUGGGGGUGGCGCGGGGUGGGGAGGGGGAGGGCGGCCAUUAUGACUCUUGUCAUAUUAAAAAGCCAAGCACAAGUGAUUGGUUGAACUGCAGAAAAGUGUUUCUGUGGUCUCAGAGUUGAGCAAAACUCUAAAUUGCAGGCUUCGUGGUUGAGGGCCUAGUCAGCUGAAAGCCACACGUGUGGUAAAGGCUCAGGCAUGGCCUGGAGAGCCUAAGAACACACACACAUUAGGAGUCUGCACCUACCAGCCUCACCACACAGCCAUUCAGGGGAACCCAAAAAGUGCCUUACCCAAGGAGGGCCCCCAGCAGCUUUCCAGGAAGUCGAAUGAAGUCGCUGUCCUAGGGGAGCUGGUCAGCUGAAGUAGCAACCGGUAGCUGAUGUCAGUAGACACAGAGCCUGUGGGAACCUCCAGGAAACCUUUGACAUUGGAGGCUUUCACUAAGCAGGGCCAACAA